AUGGCUAAAAGCCCCGAAACUGUGUCUUUAGAUCAGCUGGACAAGGAUCAAAUGAAAACAUUUUCAGAUUUUCUGAUGUCGUACAACAAACUAUCCGAAAUGUGCUUUACGGAUUGUGUGCGCGAUUUCACAUCCCGCGAUGUCAAGGACUCUGAGGAGAAAUGUUCACUGAAUUGUAUGGAAAAAUAUUUGAAGAUGAAUCAACGUGUCUCCCAGCGCUUCCAAGAAUUCCAAAUGAUUGCCAACGAAAAUGCCUUAGCCAUGGCACAAAAAACCAAUAAACUAUAGAGGAAGAAUCAUGAGGAAACUGCACAGUUCGAGUUACUAAGUAGUUGAGUUAACAACAAAUGAAAUACCAGCCCAGAGCUAAAAUAGCACAAAUGCAUUUUUAUUUUGCAUUUGUAUGACCCCUAGCAACUAGCAAUUAAAUAAAUACAAAAAAUGAAAACACAAAAUUGGAUUCAGAGAAACUCUUUCGGGUCCUCUUCAAAAAGUUAACUCUUAAUAACUGGUAUUUAUUUGUUCAGCUGAGGACAACAUAUUCAUCUAUGUAUAUCUGUUCUGCUCUUAUACACACAUUCAAUACAUGUUUUCUCUCUCCCUCCCUUGUAAUCUUUAAGCGAAUUUGGGGAAUUUGGUUUUCUUGUUGAUUUAUAUAUAGAUAAGAGAUAAGAGAUCUGUUAUUUUAUUUAAUCAUGUAAAGAGUUAAAAGACACAGCGAAUGUUUCUUAUGUUAUAAAA